AUGAGUGGGACGAAGUAUGACCGGCAGCUGCGGUUGUGGAGCCACGCUGGCCAGCGUUCACUGGCGGAGGCACAUGUUGUGGUCUUGGGUGCCACGGCGGCGGCGGUAGAGAUGCUGAAGAGCGUGGUUCUGGCGGGGAUUGGCUUCUGCACCAUAGUGGACGACGCCCGCGUUGAUGAGGAUGCGGUGGGCAACAACUUCUUUGUCUCAGUCGAGGACUACAACGCAUGCCGCCCCCUCGCAGAGGCGUUGCUGCGGCACCUUUGUGUAUUAAAUCCGCAGGCAAACGGCGUGGCAUGCGUGGAGUCAUGUGUCGCGUGGGUAGAGGAUUUUGUAUCGGCUGGCAGGCAAUCCUGUGUGACGGCAGGCGUCGAGAAACAGCGACCAUAUCCGUCCCUCAUUGUAGUGACACCACGAUUACCAGCCGUGUCUCUUCGUCGUCUUUCAGCCUGGUCGAAGGGUCAAUGUGGUCCACCACUCAUGUACGUUCAAGCGGUAGGACUCAUGGGUCUCAUCCACGUGCAGGAGGGAGAGCGGCUUAUUAUCCAUGCCGAGCCCAAACCAGAAACCUGUGUGACCGAUCUGCGCAUUUUUAACCCUUUUCCUGAGCUGAAGGUGUGGUUUGACGCACAUGACCCAGAGGAUGGCACACUCUUUCGUGAGAAUAUUGAGCUGCAUAGUCAUAUUCCAUGGAUCGCCAUCCUCUAUCAUGCGCUUCAGCGCGUUCGACGGGAGCGUGGCGCACCAGAGUUUGUGCCGCACUCCAAGGCAGAUUAUGACGCCAUGCGGAAGGCCGUUGAGGCACUUAUUCGUCGGCCCACCCCGCCGCAGGAAGGAUUUAUGGAGGCCAUGGAAAAGUGUCGUGUGCCUCUCAACCGCUCAUCGUUGUUGCCGAGCAAUGUGCACAAAAUCUUGCGUGACCCUCGCACAGACGCCCCAUGUCGAGCUGGACCAUCGUGCAAUGGUCAUGGGCCACUUCACUGGCUGGUGCUGCAUGGGAUUAAACGAUUUAUGCGAGAACACGAUGGUGUACCGCCCUUUUGCGGGUACGUGCCGGACUUUGCGACGACGACGCAGUGGUACGGUGAGCUGCGUGCUAUCUAUGAUCAAAAGAUGAGAGACGAUUGCGCAGAAGUGUGUGGUUACGCGAUGGAAGCACUUGCUGGCUGCAGUAAUGACAGUAAUGCGUCCGUAGUAGACGCAGACGAAGUUGCAGAAUUAACACAAGCAUUGGUUCAAAAUUUAUGGACGUUACAGCUGGUGCGGUUUGGCCCUGACCUCGAUGAAAUAGCAACGGACGCACCCCUGCGAUGGCAGCGCGUCAGUCAUUACUUUGACGCAUGCGCUACGGAGACGGAGCGGUUCACAGCGGGGCUGUAUAUCGCACUAUUAGCUGCGCACAAGUUUGAAGAGCAGGUUGGACGGCCACCGGGGCACAUUCCUAAGCACAGCGUGGAGGCAGAGGCAACGUGGGUAGAUGACUCCAAGGCGUUGUUACAUAUCAUUGAGAAGGCAUGGCGGGGUUUUUGCUGCGGCAUGGAUCUCACCGCAGAGGCGUGUAUGGAGGUGGCCCGGUUUGGAGCGGGGGAACCGGCUGCUACGGCGUGCAUCGUCGGUGCGGCGGCUGCGCAGGAGUGCAUCAAGCUUGUGCAACAUCGUCGUGUCCCCAUCCAGCGGCCGUUGAUCUUUGACGGCUACCGCUGCUGCUUUUGGCUUGCGCCAGCGCGGGAAGAAGUUGAGGAGGAGACGCUCACAUGA